GCGGAGCGGAGCGGAGCGGCCGCGAUGAGGCUGCUGCUGCUGGCGUGUCUGCGGGCACGCACCGGCAACGCCACCACGGCCGCCAGGAUCCGGGAUCAUCUCCAUGCUGCAGGUCACACCUGUGUUCUAAAAGAUGCUUUCACGUAUGGGAGUCCAGCUGAAAUAGCAAAUCUGACCUCCACAGAUGAGUUUGAUGCAGCCCUGGCCAUUCACCUCUAUAAAGCAGGCAGACUGCUGCAAGGGAGCAGAAUUCCCUUUGGAAUCAUCUUCGGUGGGACAGAUGUCAAUGAAGACAUCAAAUGCAGAGAGAAGUGCCAGGUAAUGGGAGCAGUGCUGCAGGAAGCCAGGUUUGCAGUGGCUUUCUCUGUGGAAAUGAAGGAGCUGGCAGCAGCAGAGUGGCCAGAUGCUAGGAAGAAAAUAUAUGUCCAGAGUCAAGGAAUUAAGACUACACCCAGUGAAACAUUUGACUGGUACAGAUUUCUACAAAAUGCAGACAUUCCCACAGACACUGACAGUUUACAUCUGUUCCUUCUGGUGUGUGGGCUCCGAAGAGUCAAGGACCCUCUGUAUUUAGUAGAAGUUUUCUCAGAUUGGCACAGAAAGGAUCCCAGUGUCCAUCUGGGCAUUAUUGGACCUGCAGUUGAUCCCCUUUUUAGCAGUGAAGUUAAGGAGGAAGUUAAAAGGCUCCCUGGGGUGCACGUGCUGCAGGAGCUGCCCCAGCAGGAGCUGCACGCCGCUCUCAGGAGAUGCUUUGCCGUGGUGAACAGCUCCACCUCAGAGGGGAUGUCUGCUGCCAUCCUGGAGGCAAUGGAUUUAGAUAUUCCAGUGCUGGCAAGGAACAUUCCUGGCAACGCAGCAAUAAUAAAACACAAGGAAACAGGACUGCUCUUUUCAACUCCCCAGGAGUUUGUUAUGCUGUCCAAGAGUUUAAUGAACGACCCCAUUAUGGAAAAGGAAAUUACAACACGGGCCAAAGACUACGUGAGGAAACAUCAUUCCUGGGAAGGUGAAAGGAAAACCUACCAGAGUCUGGUGCUGAGACUGCAGUGACUUUGCAGGGCUGCAGCUGGCAGCCACUGGAGCUCUGUAACGAUGGAAAUGUCACCAGGUUUGGCUUUCCCUUGGCUCCUGUUUAGAGGGCUGGGCAGAGGGGCAGUUAUAGAGGAAUGGCUAGAGAGCAAAGGUCACUUUCCCAUGCAGCAGUUAGCUGGGAAAGAAAUAGACAAUGGAGUACAGUUGGUGUGAGAUGUUGCAAAAGUCAGGAAGGCCUUGAUGAUAACUGUUAACUGAGAACAGAACACUGUGAUCAGAAGAAUGUGAAUUCAGCAUAGAUGAACGAUCACAGGAAUGUGGAAUUAGGUGGAGUUGGCCUUAAAUGAAAUAUCCAAUAAUGAGCUUGGUUUUGCACUAUGUAUGAGCCUAAUUAUUGAUGCUAUAUAAGUGGUUUUAGAAUUACCA